UGCCAGGUCUGGGUAGUUACAAAACUGUAUUACCCAAGCCUUCAACUUAAACUUACGGAAUACCUCCGAGACAGCUCUCAAACCUAAUAUUUUACAAUUCCACCCUCUUCUAAUGAACGGCAAGAAAAUAACUGCAAGAAGCUUACAGCAAGCCAUUGGGGUUUUUGUGUCUAUUAACUAAUAAGCUUAGUUCAUUUUGAUAUUCGAACACGUUUCAAACUUCAAAACGUGCAUCUAAAAGGUGUAGUGCCAAGCUGAGCUGACGCUUUCGCGUUACUACGUCGUACAACAUCACGUCAAAGAAACGAAGAAACCGUCAAGACUCAAAAACUUAUUGGAUUGGUUUAUGGCCGAUCAUCUGCUUCAACGUAUACGGACAAUCCGUGUACUCCAUAAUUGGGGAAUAGGAAUAUCACCCUAUUAGCAAAUCUUAAUCAAGCUAUAUUCACUUCGGGUUCAACAUUUCUCAUUGAGAUUUAGCGGUUACAUAAAACAGCUCCUUAAUCAGUUCUGGCCAAUUCAUCAUUACCUCUUCAGGGCUUCAGAUGACUUUCAGCUCAGUCCCAUACCAGCUGACGUAAUACACUCUCACUAAAUGGGCAAGUCGCCCUUAUUAAAGCCGGCUGGCACGGCUGCCAGGGGAAGGGUGACGGAAGACAAUCACACCUCUGACUAUGAGGAUGACUUCUAUGAGGAGGAGAUGGAGAUGACUCACCGGACCACAGGUUCAAAUGGACAUGCACAGGGAAACGACACCCUCAAAAGUUCAAAGCGACACUUCUCGGAGGGGACAGAGUUCGGUGCUCGGAACGACAACGAAUACGAAGAUGGCGAAGAAUAUGAACAGUUACUAGACCCUAAUCUCCCAGAUGGAGAGGCUAUAGAAUUACAUCGAAUGGACUCGGGGAGUCAGGCGUCGUUCGACGAUGAUACCGCCUCUAAAGGAGAAGAAGACUCACCUUACGAAGAGGUGCGCGCAGCUGUGCGCAACUACGAUGAGGAUCUACCGUGUAACACCCUUCGAGCCUGGACUAUUGGCCUUACUCUAGUCCUCGUAGGCGCAUCCAUGAAUACCCUCUUCUCGCUGAGACAGCCCUCGAUUGGUUUAGGGGCUCUCAUUGCUCAGAUCGUUGCCUGGCCUCUUGGCCGCGGGUGGGAGAAGGUGGUACCUGAUCGACAGAUUAGUAUCUUCGGUCUGAUAAUUGACUUAAAUCCGGGGCCUUUCAACAUCAAGGAGCACUCAAUUAUUGUCGUCAUGGCUAGUGUGUCUUUCUCUGUAGCUUAUGCCACCGACAUUAUCCUUGCACAGCUUGUAUUCUAUAAGCAAAAUUUCGGCAUAGUUUUCCAAUUAGUAUUAACGAUUUCGACGCAGUCUCUAGGGUAUGGCAUCGCAGGCAUGAUGCGGAAGUUCUUAGUCUAUCCGGCCUCGAUGAUAUGGCCAGGUAACCUGGUGGGUGUUACUCUGAUGAAUGCAAUGUAUGAAAAGCAUCAAGCACCAGACCCGUCCGUCAUUGGAGGACGUAUGCCACGCUAUAGAUGGUUCGGUAUCAUAACGGCUAUAUCUGCCACGUACUACUUCAUCCCGGGCUAUUUCGCACAAUUUCUAAGUGUCUUUGCCUUCGCAACAUGGAUGGCCCCCCAGAACCCGGUGGUGAAUCAACUAUUCGGCGGAAUCACUGGCCUAUCCCUGUUGCCGAUUACCUUUGACUGGACACAGAUCGCUGGCUUCGUCGGGUCGCCCCUCAUGUAUCCAUGGCACGCCAUCGCAAAUACUCUCAUCGGUGUUGUUGUUUUUUACAUCGUUCUCGCCACGUCCUUCCAUUUCACAGGCGUGUGGUAUGCGCCGUUCUUACCAAUGAGUGAUUCUUCCACAUACGAUAAUACCGGUGCAAGAUACGAUGUGCCGCGAAUAUUGACCCCAGAAUUCACGCUGGAUGAAGAGGCGUAUAAGUCAUACUCGCCACUGUUCAUUAGCACUACCUUCGCGUUGUCCUAUGGAUUAUCCUUCGCAGCCAUUUCCGCCUUAAUAGUAUAUACCUAUUUACAUCAUAGCAAGGCGAUUUGGGCGCAAUAUAGAAAUAGCACGAACGAGAAACCUGAUAUACACAUGAAACUCAUGCAGAAGUACAAGGAAGCGCCAUCGUGGUGGUAUUUCUCACUCUUUUUUAUUGUCCUGGCACUUGCCUUUGUUUCUGUUUUAGCAUACCCAACCAACUUAACAUGGUGGGCUUUCUUGCUAGCCGUUGGCAUAUCUUUCGUCUUCUCGUUACCCAUUGGUAUCAUCCAAGCGGUUACGAACCAUCAGAUUGGUCUGAACGUUUUGACCGAGUUCAUCUACGGGUAUAUCCAGCCUGGUCGACCAUUAGCUCUUAUGCUCUUCAAGACGUAUGGUUACAUUACGAUGUCACAAGCUUUAAGCUUCGUUUCCGAUCUCAAAUUCGGUCACUAUAUGAAGAUUCCUCCACGUACAAUGUUCAUGGCUCAAGUCGUCUCCACCACGUUUUCGUGCUUCAUCCAAAUCGCAGUCCUUAAUUUCGCGCUUAACAAUAUCGAUGGCGUUUGUGAACUGACACAGCCACAGCGAUUCACAUGUCCAGGGGGGCGAGUUUUCUUCUCAGCCUCGGUGAUCUGGGGUCUCAUAGGACCCGCCCGUGUAUUUUCCCCUGGACAAAUCUACUCUGGUCUCCUCUCUUUCUUCGUCAUCGGCGCCGUGGCCCCCAUCAUCUUUUGGUAUGCAGCAAAACGCUGGCCCAGGUCCCCCGCCAAAUAUCUAAUGGCCCCUCUUAUCUUCGGCGGUGCAGGCGCUAUUCCACCUGCCACGCCCCUCAACUACCUGUCCUGGGGCGUCGUGGGCUACAUAUUCCAAUUCCAAAUCAAGAAACGCAACUUCCGCUGGUGGACUCGCCUCAAUUACCUCACGUCCGCUGGACUUGACCUCGGUCUCGCGCUCGGAACAUUAGUCGUAUUCUUCGUGUUCACGCUGAAUGAGAUUGAGGCACCGCGGUGGUGGGGCAACGAUGUGGUCUCCAGCACGAUGGAUUAUCAAGGCAACGCCGUACAAGUUGUAUUGCCGCCGGGCCAGACGUUCGGGCCUAAGACUUGGUAGAUCAGCUAUAGAACAGAGUCCUUCUUCUUCUGAGAGUUUAUGAUGUUAGCUUAGGCAUCUUCUAGACUUUCGGUGAAUGUUACACUGGAAAAGGGGGCGGUAAUAGAGAGGUGGGAUUUGUACGAAUAGACGUUGUACAAGCGUUGGAAAUCAAAAUAAGACUAGGGAUUUCCUACGAAACGAAGAUCCCCGUGCUGGGUAACAGGUCUAAGCUUGGCUAACAGGUACCUAGGCAGGUAGGUAGGUACCCAGUAUAUAUCUACAGGUAUGCACUGGCAUGACUCGUGGAUGGAGUGAGUUGUUGGUGUGGAUCUUUCUUGCUCAUUACGCCAUAGAUACGUAGAUACUUUGACCUGUGCCCGGGUAUGUAGGUAUGGAGUUCCCUGGCCUUCGUCCAGGUAGUCAUCAACACAGGUCCUCUUGUCUCGUGCGGUAUGUAUGUGUAUGCUUACGAGUGCAACCGUGAGGGUAGCUCGGUAGAUACCAGGCCAGCGAGGACGGACCCUAUGGCACAAGCCAAGCUCCUCCAAACUAACCUCGUUACCAUCAUCCCCUACCAUGCCUAGCCUCUCGCGAUUUGCAUUCUCUAGGCAGUAGGUGUCACAAACAACACCCCCUUCUCCUU